AGUCUGGAUUAACUGGGAGUUCCUCCUGAAAGCGCCUGAGUGGACAAUCACAAGUUCCGCUUCGGGAUGUAAGGGACCCAUGAACAUGUUCCAUACUACAUGAUAACCAAGAGGACCAAAGCCACGCCAACAUAUUGUUUCUGCCAAUGUACAUUUGCAGUGCAUUGUGGGAUGGCGCUUGUCUCCACCCUGCUUUCUUCCCUCAUUCUGGGCAUUCUGGAAAGCCCAUUGGUAUGUUGCCGCUAUCCACGCUUCUCUUCUAAUGACACUGUGUUCCAACACCUGGCCCUGCACCCUGACCCUACUGUGGGCACGGUGUACAUUGGCGCACAGGAUCGGCUUUACCAGCUGUCUGGAUUGGACCACUUGCGUCUAGAGGUCGAAGAGAUGAUGGGUCCUAUGAGAGACAGUAAGGAUUGCUUCCCUCCUGUAACUCCAGAGAACUGCCCACAUGCCCGGUUAGUGAAUAACCACAACAAGCUGCUGCUGGUGGAGCCCUAUUCCCUCACGCUUAUUACAUGCGGCAGUGUCCACCAGGGCACAUGCCAGAAGCGCAGCCUUGCUAACGUCAGCCAAGUUUUGUUCUCUGCCGAAAGGCCAAUGGACACUCAGUACGUGGCCGCCAAUGACCCAACCGUCUCCACCAUUGGACUUGUGGCAAGUCCGAGAGAUGGGGCUCCACCCUUGCUAUACGUGGGAAGGGGCUACGUUGGAAGGGGUAGCCUACCACCGAUCUCCACCCGCCAGCUUUCCUCUGAGCCCAUCUUCUCCUAUGAGGAGACAGCAAAACUUGGUGUAGCCGGCCGCCUAUCAGAGUAUGACCACAAUUUUAUACUAAGCUUUGCACGACACAGCCAUGUCUACUUCUUAUUCUUCAGACGCAACCUCAAGGCUACAUCUCGAGACUAUAGAACAUACAUUGCACGGAUGUGCCUGGAUGAUCAUGCGUACUAUUCCUACAUCGAAGUUCCACUAGCGUGCCACUCUCAUUUAACAGGGAAAAAUUACAACCUCCUCCAGGGAGCACAAGUGGGUGGAGAGGUGGAUGAUAAGCAGGUCCUGAUGGCGGUGUUUUCCACAUCGUUGAAUGGGGCCAGCAAGCCGAGCGAGGAAUCAGCACUUUGCGUUUACACUCUGGAUGAAAUUGACCGCUGGAUUGAUGGCACACGAGACCUGUGUUACACACAAGUUGGCCAGAGAGAGGGCAGCAGGGUGGCAUAUAUAGAGUAUGAGGUCAAAUCCAGCUGUGCCAAUUUGCCCACGGACACCCUCACUACCUAUCCUUGCGGCUCAGACCACACCCCAAGUCCAAUGGCCAGCCAGGAGCCAGUGGAAGCUGAAGCAGUUUUGGAGAGUCCUUCUGCUCGUUUCACUGCUGUGGCUGUCAGUGUGAGAGAGGGACACUCUAUUGCUUUUCUGGGAGAUUCCAAGGGAAAUUUACACAAGGUAUUUUUGGGGAGCUCCAGAGAAGUGAAGAGCUACUCCAGUCUUCCCAUCCAGCCAGGUUCAGCUAUUAACAGAGACCUGCAACUUGACUCUUCCCAGAGACACCUCUACAUUAUGACCAGCAAUAUUGUAGAGAAAAGGCCUGUGGCGGAGUGUGAGAAACACAUAAAUUGCCAGUCCUGUCUUACAGCUCGGGAUCCUUAUUGUGGCUGGUGUGUCCUGGAGGGCAAGUGUGGCUUGCGGUCUGACUGUAGUCGUGGCUCGAGGGAAGGCCAUUGGCUUUGGAGUUUUGACAUGGGGCAGAAGUGUCUGAAGGUGGAGUCAGUGACCCAGUCCAACAUCAGCCUCGGAGAACAGAAAAAUGUGGCACUCGAUAUACCAGGCUUGCCCAGUCUCUCUGAGGGGGAGGCAUACUCAUGUUUCUUUGAUGAGAUACAAAGCGCUGUGAUUGUUCAGGAAAUUACAGUCACUUGCUUCACUCCUCCAGCCCACAUGGUGCCUCCUGUACCUCAUGGACAGGAUUCAGUGUCUGUCACUCUGUCUCUGCGCUUCUUGAAUGUGACUGUGGCAGUUCAGGACUUUACAUUCUACGACUGUUCUCUUGUGCAGCAUCUCUCAGGCACCAUGCCAUGUAUAGGGUGUGUGACUAGUCGCUGGAGAUGUAACUGGUGCGUUCACCAGCACAUUUGCUCUCACAAGGCCACAUGCGACCAAGGCGUGAUCAUUUAUAAUCAGCAUUUCAAACUAUCGACCUCUGUUCUCUCAGCAACAAAAGACUUUGAUAAAUUUACUACAGAGUCAAUCAAAGCAUCUGCUCCAGCCAAAGUUAUAGCCAUGUCUACUCCUUUGGCGAUACCUCCCAGCAUGCCAGAGACAACUGCAAUAACUAGAACAGCUGUGAAAACCUUCACCAAUCUGCAGAACAAUUUCCAGCAUACCAUGCCUUCCCCAACCCAACAGGCAAUAACUAUAGUUGAUGAAGCCCUGGUUCUACAUAAAGACAGCAUAGUAGGUGGAGAGAAGGUACAUGUGUCAGUACUGACUCCUGGUGGCAAUGGUGAAGACAUGGGCGAUCUGUCCCAUAAAGGAUCAGCUGCAGGCUUGGUCACAGUUCCCACUCUAAGAAUGGCUACUCUGGAUGCGGGACUGUCAGAUAAAGCAAAUCCUACCUCCUCUACUGCUGGGGUGUACCUUUGGUUUGGGGAGACUGAUGAUGGAAAAGCAUCUCUUGAAAUUGGGUCAUCAGUGUCUUCGGCUUCUCCUCUAUCUGGGGACGGAAAGACAGCGCAUGUGUCACCCAGUUUUCCUUACUCUUCAGAAGUGGACUACCAGUCUGAUCCAGCUGACUUUUCCACCCUGGAUGAUGAGGGCUCACUGCUGAGUGAAGCGUCCUACACCUGCCCAUGUGUGGAGAGAGUUCAAGGUUCCGCUCUCCUACCUGUAAACGUUGCGAGGCAGAUUACACUGGUAGGACGCAACCUGCACCUCUACCAGGAUGAGGAUCUCAGGAUGGAUUAUGAGUGCGUGUUGGCCAUGGAGGGCAGGUCCGUGGUAGUGGCUGCAUUUGUCGAAAGGAAUGACUCACAGCCUUUCCUGUUCUAUAUCACGUGUCAGCUUCACCAGGUCUUUCGUACAGUUCUCACCAGCACACUCAUCUCAUUACAUUACUAUUUCGCAUGUAUGGAUUACUCAUUACGUCAAAGUCUGAAAGUGUGUGCGUGUGUGUUUCAGUAUUCCUACUCAGUGGCUGUUGAAGAAUACAAUGCAGCGAUCACAGUGAGGAGACGAGGCUCUUUUCGGAUCGACAGUCCUCAGGGCUUGCAUGUGAAGCUGUAUAACUGCUCGGUGGGCCGUUCAGACUGCAGCCGCUGUCACACAGCAGAGCCACGCUAUGGAUGCGUGUGGUGUGAAGGAGCCCAAUCCAGCUGCGUCUUCCACAACUCCUGCAGAGAUCACAUCCAGCACACUUGCCCUGCACCCCACAUACACCGGAUAGAGCCUCGGUCUGGUCCAGUAGAGGGCGGUACUGUGAUCACUAUCUCGGGAUCGAACCUGGGCCAGAGAGCAGAGGACAUUCAGCACUCUGUUUAUGUAGCUGGAGUGCCCUGCGUGGUUAUUCCUACAAGAUACGAGAUCUCGUCCAGCAUCGUGUGUAAGACAACUGCAAGUGGAAGUAAGAGAAAAGGACAUGUUUCUGUGGAGGUUAAAGGAGGAGGUAUUGGAAAAUCUAUCCAGGACUUCCACUACCAGGACCCAGUGUUACUGGGAAUGUUCCCACUAAAAGGUCCAGUGUCAGGAGGCUCUUCAGUCAUCAUCAUGGGGCGGGAUUUACGAACAGGCCAGCCUAAUGAAAUCAGAAUCCUGAUUGGUGGAGUGCCCUGUAUCUUAACUAGCUCUCCAGAACUGGAUGAUGAGCAAAUUGCAUGUGUGACCGGUGGCAGCAACAGAACAGGAAAUCAUGCAGUAACUGUGUGGUUUGGUAGAGCAGAGCGCCAUCUUCAGGACACUUUCUAUCAUUAUACUCCAGACCCAAACAUCACCAGUGCUGCUCCCUCUAAAAGCUUCCUCAGUGGGGGUCGUGUGAUUCGAGUUUCUGGUCAGAACCUGGAUGUGGUCCAGGACCCUCGCAUCCGAGUGACCCUGAGCCCUCUGGGGCCACAGUUCCAGGGGAGGAAAAGGAGGAAGAGAAAGAGCGAGAGACACAUUGAGAGGGAGGAGAAGCUUUGGCCUCGGAAAAGGGAGCGGCGUAUAGUUCCAGAGUCACGCUGUCCUGAAGACAGCAUCUGUGAUGUGAAGCAGACAGAGAAGCACUGUGUGAUCAACAGCUCCACUCUGCUCCUGUGUCCCACACCUGCGCUCGGCCCUGAGGCUCGCCAUGCCACCGUUAGCGUCCAUUUCUUGCUGGAUAACGUUCACUUCAAUUUUGAGGCUAUUACAGGCAGCCCCUUCACUUAUGAGCUAAACCCCAUCCUCCACCCUCUCAACCGGAGAGACCACAGCAAACCCUACCGUCACAAACCUGGAAGCAUCAUCUCUGUUGAGGGAGAGAAUCUGGACUUGGCCAUUUUUAAGGAGGAGGUGGUGGCUCUGAUAGGAGACGCGGUGUGUGCUGUAAAAACACUCACUAGGAACCACCUGUACUGUGAGCCUCCUGCUCAGCAGCCCUCAGUGUCUACCACAAAGAAACGAGAGUCCAGAGAUCCUCUGCUGGAGUUCACAGUACGGAUGGGGAAUCUGAAUUUCUCCCUGGGAAGGGUGGAAUAUGACUUUCUGGGCCAGGCCUUGUUUCCUCUGGAAGCUCAAGUGGGUGUUGGAGUCGGUGCAUCUAUUGUGGCUCUUAUUGUACUGGUCAUCGUGCUUAUAUACAGGAGGAAGAGUAAACAAGCUCUGAGGGAUUACAAGAAAGUUCAGAUUCAGCUAGAGAACCUAGAGACCAGCGUGAGAGAUCGCUGUAAAAAGGAGUUCACCGAUUUGAUGACAGAGAUGAUGGACAUGUCUAGCGACUUGGUGGGCUCAGGGAUUCCCUUCCUGGACUACCGCAACUAUGCUGAGAGGAUAUUCUUCCCUGGCCACCGGGAGUCGCCACUGAAGCGAGAUCUGGAUGUGCCAGCUUGUCGUCGGACUACUGUGGAGCAGGGCCUCGUCCAGCUCUCCAAUUUACUGAACAGCAAGCUGUUCCUCAUCAAGUUCAUCCACACUUUGGAGAGCCAGAGGACGUUCUCUCCGCGGGACCGUGCAUAUGUGGCCUCCCUCCUUACAGUGGCACUGCAUGAAAAGCUGGAGUAUUUCACUGACAUUUUGAAAACCCUGUUGAGUCACUUGGUGGAGCAGUACACCACCAAAAACCCCAAACUUAUGCUGCGCAGGACCGAGUCAGUGGUGGAGAAGCUGCUUACCAACUGGAUGUCCAUCUGCCUUUAUUCCUUCCUCAGAGAAUCCGCAGGUGAGUCGUUCUAUAUGUUAUUCCGAGCCAUAAAACACCAGGUGGAAAAGGGCCCUGUGGAUGCUGUAACUAGCAAGGCCAAAUAUACUCUCAACGACAACCGGCUACUGCGUGAUGACGUGGAGUACCACAUACUAACACUGAAUGUCCUGGUAACCAGUGGAGGCCCAAAUGAGUCUCAGACAGUUCCUGUAAAAGUGCUGGACUGUGACACCAUCACACAGGUGAAGGAGAAGAUCUUGGAGCAUACAUGGAAGGGCACAUCAUACUCUCAGAGACCCUCCACAGACUCAGUGCACUUAGAAUGGAGGGCUGGGAUAGCGGGACACCUAAUCCUGUCGGAUGAAGACCUGACCUCAGUGGUGCAGGGAUCAUGGAAACGCCUAAACACUUUGCAGCACUACAAGGUUCCUGAUGGUGCCACCGUAACACUGGUAUCACGACAGUCCAAAGACAUCCACCAUGACAGUCAUGACUACAUACCAGGAGAGAAGACUCCUAUGUUAGAGGAUGGGGAAGACGAAGGGAUAAGGCUGUGGCAUCUGGAGAAAGCCAGUGAAGAGCCAGAGCUGUCCAAACACAGACGAGGGAGUCUGAGAGAAAGAGAGCGAGAGAGAGCCAAAGCCAUACCAGAGAUCUACCUCACACGCCUGUUGUCUAUGAAGGGCACAUUGCAAAAAUUUGUAGACGACUUGUUCACCGUGAUUCUUAGUACCAGUCAGCCAGUUCCUCUGGCUGUGAAAUAUUUCUUUGAUCUGUUGGAUGAUCAGGCAGCACAACACAAUAUUACUGACCCUGAAACCAUCCACAUCUGGAAGACAAAUAGUCUACCUCUGAGGUUCUGGAUCAAUAUUCUGAAGAACCCGCAAUUCAUCUUUGAUGUUCCGACCUCAGACAAUGUGGACGCAGUGCUGUCUGUUAUCGCUCAAACCUUCAUGGACUCCUGCACAAUCGCUGACCACAAACUGGGCAGGGAUUCUCCUAUUAACAAAUUGUUGUAUGCUCGAGAUAUCCCACGCUACAAACAGAUGGUGGAAAGGUAUUAUGCAGAUAUAAAGCAUAAUGUUUCUGCCAGUGACCAAGAAAUGAACUCUGUUUUGGCAGAGCUGUCCAGGAAUUACUCAAGUGAAGUGAAUCAUCUAGUGGCCUUGAAUGAGUUAUACAAGUACAUCAACAAAUAUUAUGAUCAGAUAAUUGCUGCUCUAGAGGAAGACUCUACUGCUCAGAAGAUGCAGUUGGGCUGUAGGCUUCAGCAGAUUGCAGCAGCUGUGGAGAAUAAAGUGACUGACCUUUGACCUGCUAACUCGGGCUGAAAUUUGAGGAGAGUGGAAAAGAAAUAAGAGCGAAGGACAGAGAUAGAGUUCAGACUUAGGAAGCAUGAACAAACUGACUGGGACUUCUGAUUUACUCAAAGGUGUUUUAAAGGGAGAAAUUCUAUGGACAAGUGUGUCCUAAAGGCAGAGUGCCUACAGUGAUAUUUGGGGGGUUGGGGGAAUGGGGUUAAGGUUCUUUAUUUAUAACGCACAGUGAAUCUCAUCUCAGUGAAGCCAUCUGUCCAGCAAAGUCUAGUCGGUAAAAGAGGUCGAGAUAUAAAUCCAGAUGGAUUCUUCCUGCUCACCAACAAAAUUUCAUAUUUGCAAUAUGCUAGCAGGCUUGUCUGGAUCUCCAUUUGGACUAUUUCUGAACACCAUCAGAAGAUCUUAAGAUAAUAUAAUCUUGAUUUUUGUAAAUCUCUUCAUUGCACUCGGGAGCUUAAGAUGCUUUCCCUCACAUAUUUGAAGGAUGAUCUAGCUCCUUAUUAGCUUUUUAAAAUAUGUCUUAUUAAAAAAACACUGCGCACACGGUUUGUCUUACAAGAGCCCUACCAUCUCUCUCUUUUUUUUUUCUUUUUUUUUACCUACUCUAAACCUAACUCAUUUCUUGUCUUUCUAAUGUACAGUAACUGCAUACCUGGUUAACUGAAAUAUUGCAAAAAAAAAAAAAAAAACUGUACACAUUGCAUGUAU